CGGAUCGUUCGUUCGCGCCACACCGCACUCUCUCUCUCACCCCCUACACUGACCGAUCCACUCCUCCACUUCACACAAUAGUGGCAGUUCGUGUGUGAGACCGAGACAGUGAGAGUGAGAGAGGGAGAGAUGGCGAGCAAGCCGCAGAGCCCGCUGCGCAUCACGCACGACGGCGAGUUCUACGCGCGGCUGCUCACCAAGGAGAGCUCCCAGGGCAACCCGUCGUUCCGCUACUACGGCGCCGGCACCGGCGCCGUCCCCUUCGUCUGGGAGUCCCACCCGGGCACGCCCAAGGUCGACGCCUCCUCCCCCUUCGCCGAGGCCGGCGGCGUCCCGGCCAUCACCCCGCCGCCGUCCUACCACCUCCGCGCCGCCGCCGCCAUGUCGUCGUCGCCGCAGCCGCACGGCCGUAGCGGCCGCAGGAAUGUUGUUAAUGGUCGCGGCAAGUACUGCGGCUACUGCAGGCUCAAGUGGAUCAAGAUCGGCUUCAUCGCCGCCGUCUUCCGCCGCCUCGCGCUCGGCAAGCCAUCCCGCGCGUCGUCUUCCUCGUCGGCCGUGCAGCCCUCGCCGUCCACCCGCUGGCUCUUCUCCGGCUCCGGCAGCGUCGAGACCAGCGACGAGCCGCAGCCGCCGGCGAUUUCGCCGGCGUCGACGAAGCAGGGAGGCCUCCUCUGCCUCGGGGUCCGGCCGAGCCCGUGGAUGGUGCAGCUCUGCGGCGUCCAGAGCAUCAGGAGGGUCGACACCGGCAGCAGCUGGGCUACGCACGGCUGGGCGUAGGCCGGUCGCCGCCGGCGAGCCGGCGACAAGUCGGCGUCGGUAGUAAGUGUAACAGUAACAGAAAUGCACGUACACCGUCGUCCACGUACACAGACGUACUCCAUCAUGCGUCACAUGCAGUGGUUGGGCCUCCUUAAAUUAACCUACUAUAGAAAGAUUGGUGUACACGACAUCGAUCGUUCCUGUCACGUAUUUGUGUGCAUUGGUAAUUAGCUAGCUGUUCGAUCCAGUGUCUGCUGCUGUGUCCUGAUAAUGUACAACAUAUAAGAAAUUCUCAAUAUUAAGUGUAUGGAUUUGCAUGAUUCGUUUU